CAGUCCUUCCACCAUCUUCCUGCUUCUUCAAUCACAAACUUGCAUGCUUCCGGUCUUCUACAACAUCUACUGCCUCUUCACUAAUUCCCGCUAGCUUCUCUCUCUUUCCAUAGCUGUAAGAAAGAAUGACGCAGAGCCAUUCUCAUUCCAUAACUCUAAUUACCUCCUUUUUCAUUUAUCUCUUCAUCUUGAUCUUACUGAUCAAUAUACCCUCCUUAAUCUCAGCACAGACCUGCCAAAGAACCUGUGGCAAACAAAUCCUCAAAUUCCCAUUUGGGAGUGAUCCCGGUUGCGGCGAUCCACGCUUCCAGCAAUAUGUUACUUGCAACCAACAAAAUCUCGUCUUAACAACUCAUACUGGUUCCUACCCUGUCACCGCCAUAGACUACGCCAAACAAGUCAUCUACAUCUCGGAUCCUUCCAUGUCCACCUGUUCCUGCACUCAACCAAGCAAAGGUUUCGGCCUAGACUGGGAUGCGCCCUUCACUUUUCACGAUGACACCAUCUUUGCUUUAUUAGACUGCUCAAUCUCUUCCUCCCCGAUAUAUACGUUGGAUGGCCUAUAUGCUGACGGAAACAACUCCAAAGUCCCUCUCUGCGAUAACGAGGGUACACCCAUUUGCAGUGUUUUGUACUCUUGCAGGCCUAUUAUUACCAUUAAUCUCCCAAUCUCUACUUGCUGCAUUUACACUCCGGUGGAUCUUGGACCGGCAUUUGAAAUGGAUUUGAAGAAGUUGCAGUGCACUUCAUAUUCUGGGUUUUACAGCUUUAAUGGCCAGGAAUCUAAACCCGAAAACUGGAAGUACGGGAUUGCCCUCAAAUAUAAGUUCAAUGUGAAUAAUGAGUAUCCAGGCUUGUGUUCUCGAUGCGAGAGCAGCUAUGGAGUUUGCGGCUUCACGGGAUCGUACAACUCCUUUAUCUGUAACUGUCCUAAUGGAGUCAACAUGUCAACGGAUUGUUUCUUCACGGCGUCGUACAAUAAUGGUUUGAAGCUUCUUCCAUGGAAGAACUGGGCUUUGCUGAAAUAUUUUUUGGCAUGGCCAGUGGUUUGGUUCUGGUUUUAGCUUAUGCAUGGGAGACCAAAUCCAGGAACAGUAAUGCUGAGAACUCUCAAAGGUACGUAAAGGAAGAUCAAAAAGGGUUAUUUUCUACUUCGUCGGUUAAAAAAAGAGCCAAUUAAAUCCGGCAUCUCCCGGUACUGGCAGAGAAGUGUGCACAUUACAGCAAACAGUAAUUCCACCUGAUGUUUUACAUGUUCUGCGGUAUUUAAUGUAUAAAUUCUCAUUUUA